AUGAAGAUUUGGCCUACAUAUGCUCCCACACCCAUCGUCUACCAAGCCCACACCCAUGAUCCACCCAGAAUACCCAGCCCAUUCCCAUGGCCCAUCGAGCCCAUACCCAUCGUCUACCCAGCCCACACCUAUCGUCCACCCAGCCCACACCUAUUGUCCACCCAGCCUACACUCAUCGUCUACCUAGCCCACACCAAUCGUCCACCAAGCCCAUACCCAACUUCUACCCAGCCCAAACUCAUCGCCCACCCAGCCCACACCGGUGGUCCAUCCAGUCCACACCCAUCGUCUACCCAGCCCACACCCAUCGUCUACUCAGCUCGUACCCAUCAUCCACCCAGUCCACACCCAUCGUCCACCCAGCCCAAACCCAUCGUCUACCCAACCCAUACCCAUUGUCUAUUCAGCCCACAUCCAUGGUCUAUCCAGCCCACACCAUCGUUUACCCAGCCCACACCCAUCGUCUACCCAACCCAUACCCAUCAUUCACCCAGCACGCACCCACAAUCCACCCAGCACACACCCAUCAUCCACCGUCAUCCAAAUUAA